AAUCUUUUUGGCGCGAUGGUUACAUUUUACUCUCUGUUUAUUUAUUUAUUUCUCUUCAAUUAAUUAAAUUAUCUAAAUUGAUCACAUUGAUUAGUGAGAAUUUAAUUGUGUCAAGUUACUUUGUAAAGGUUACCUGGUCUAUUCUGUUAAUUAAAGGUAUCAAUUUGUUUAUUGUGUUUCUUACAUUUGAAUUGCAAAUUACAAUCUCAAUUCUAAUUGUCAACUGAGUGAUUACUUUUAAUUGUUCCAACUUUAUUCACCUUUACAAUGGUUUCUGUAUUGUUUUCCCAAUUCCAAGGUUACCCUUUGAUUUCAAAAUGACCCUCACAAAUCCGAUUGUUUAAAUUAACCAGUUGAUUAACAAUUAAUCAGGUUAAUUUGUUGGUUAAAUCAAUCAUUUUGACAUUUGCAAUUAAUUUCUCAGUUUAUCAGAUGACCUCAAAUACAAAACUGACCAUUGGAAAUUACCAACAAAGAUUUAUGUUGGUCAUCCCCUGGUCAUCUCUACUCUUAUUUCAAUCUGAUAUUCAUCACAUUUCAAGUAUCACCAAUGACUAAAAGAUUCCAAGAUAAUUAAGGUAAUUUUUUCAUCUCCAACAAGUGAAUUAAAUGUAAUCCAAGUGAUCAACCAUAUAAAACUACAAUAUAAACAAUACGUGAUGUAAUCCAGAUUUUGGAUCAUCACCAAACCUUUACUGGUUGUUUGAUUAUAUUUCCAACACCAUCAACAAGAUCAACAAUCAACAUCAUGUCCACUGAUGGGUCAAACAGUGGGAUUGGUGGUGGUGGUGGAGGAGGAGGAGGAAGUGAAAGAGGUGCUAGUAAUUUUGGUGCUAGUGGUCAUGGUGGUUCCAUGGUUUCUGUUGGUGGUUUUAAUAGUAGCCAUGGUGGUGGAGGAAAUUCUGGUGGAUCAAAUGAGAUUUCAUCUCAUCCAUUUGAAUCUCAAAUUGCUAAGAUGAAACGUUUCAUCUCAUCACCGUUAACACGACGUAAAUCAACAUCUCAGGCAUCAACCGAAUCAGCUCCUCCGAUGAUAUCUUCAUCAACUACCUCAUCCUCAUCAUCAUCAUCUAAACAUUUAACAGAAAAUCAUCAUAAAAUUUUUGGUACACCCAUUGAAAAGUUAACCCAUCAACGAUCAUUCAAUGAAAUGUCAUCCUCAUCAAUAUCUCAUGGUAAUUAUGGUUCAUCUUCAACAUCAUCAUCUCAUCAUCUUUCCGCUUCAUCAUAUUCUACCAUGAGAUCAAUGUCCACCUCAGGUUUACCUGGAAGCUUCCUAUUCUCAUCGUCAUCAUCAUCACCACCAACAACAACAACCUCAUCAUCAGCAUCAACCCUGAAUUUAGGCCAUUCAAGUACCUUAGGACAAGGGACAGUGUUUUCCACCACCACCACCAACACAACCACGGGUACAUCUUCCUCUAAGAAAGUGAUCUAUGAUAAGGAGGCCACAGUUCCCUUUGUUAUUACCCGAUUGUGCCAUUAUAUUGAAGAUAGUCAAGGCUUAAUGCAAGAAGGAUUAUUUCGAACCAGUGGAAAUGCCAGAUUAAUCGAGAAAUUAAAAACCUCUUUCGAUUGUAAUGGUGAUGCUCCAUUGGAAACUGAAGGUGAUAUUCCUUCAGCCGCUGCUCUACUUAAGUUGUUCCUUCGAGAGCUUCCGGUUCCCUUGAUACCUCAAUCAAUUCAUUGUUUAUUUCUAGAUACGGUUCAGGAUACACUUAAUCGCGAAUCAUAUGAUAAAGAUGCUUUUAUCGGGCGGAUUAAAGUUCUGGUUGAAAAUCUACCUGAUGAAAAUUAUUUUCUUCUCAAAUAUUUAUCUCGAUUCCUUUAUCAAGUCGCUCGACAUGAGACCUACAAUCGGAUGAAUCCAUCGUCACUUGGAAUCAUUUUUGGACCUAAUAUAUUCAGAGUUGCUGCUGAAGAUUAUCGUGGAUUACGUGAACAAUCAUUAACUAAUCAAGUUGUUACCUUUUUCAUUACGGAUUACGAGACAAUAUUUGGUGCUGAUUUAUCACCAGAUAACAACAACAAUCAAGAAUUAAAUUUAUCAACAACUAAUCAACAAUCAGUAACUGAAAAUACUAUUGAUAUUGGUGCUCAAUGUAAAACUGUUAAUCAAUCCAAGGAAACGGAAACGAUAAGAAAACUAGAAAAUAGUAAAGGAAAAGUGAUAAUUGUUUCAAUAGAUUCUGUUUGUUGUAAUAAAUCAACACCAGAUCAACACAAAGAAUCAACAACAACAACACCAAUGAUGCUAAAGAAAGAUGAUAUUGAUGAUGAGACUAAAGAUUCAAAUGAACUAUCAGAUGACCAACAUUUUACUCCUUUACAAAUUGAUAUACCACCGAUAGAUUGUGAUCAAUCUGAUAGUUCAUCUGUAAGUCCAACAUUAGCCUGUUCCAGUAUCUCACCUUGUCCAAUUGACUCGAAAGAUUAUAUCUUGACCAUUGAAUCUUUAACAGAUGAAGCAACUACUUCACCUUUGACCACAGAAAUUACCUCAUCAAAAACUACGGUAGUUAAACAAUCGAGUAACAAUUUACCUCUAUUUUUGGAGGGUAUUGGUAAACGUAAGGAUAGAAAGUAUAUUUUAUCCUCAUCUUCAAAUGCGACGGUUCGAUCAAGUUCAGAGGAGAGAAAACCUUUAGGUUCAUCGACGAAACUUACCUCAUGUACUGGUCAAACUGUUGACCAAGAGGUUCGAAGAUGUAAUUCUUACCAAGAUGUUGCUAAAGGUGAACAUUCAACUCGUAAUUCUUAUCGACAAGUAAUUAAAUCAAGUAAUCUAUCAUCUGAUAGUGUUAAUCAGUCACCUGAACCCAAAAGAAGGGAAAUUGAUUCUUCAAGUAAUACAAUUAACAAUAAUCAAAUUAUUGGUAAAGGUAAAUCUAAAUUGUCACGAUCAACUUUAUCCUUUGAAUCGAGACCUUGUUCACUUGAUUUAACUGGUAAAUCUCAUCAAUCAGCAUCCGAAUCAAAAUCUGAACCAACCGUAAGGGGAAAAGUGCCUGUAGCACCUUCAGGAUUAUCUACAGACUCAAAUUCACAAUCAACUAGUGGUGAACAUCAUCAUCAUUAUCACCAUCAUCAACCUUUAUUAUCUUCAUUAUCUUCAUCUACUUAUCUUUCGAGAAAUACUCAUUCGAUAAGUUCUGAAGUCUCUGUUAACCAUCCCAAUGCUGAGAGUCGAGUAAAAUCAUCUGAAUUAUCUUCAUCUUCAUCUCAACAACAGAAAGUUCAUUCAGUUUCUUCAUCCAAUUUAGUUAAUAAAAAGGUUUCAUCAUCUUCCUCAUCAUUACCUCAUAUCGAUUACAAUGCCCUUCAUAAAAAUGCUGAAGGUGAAUCGGCAAUGGUAUCAGAUUUAAGGUACAGUUGGUCGUCGGUCAAUGAAUCGCAAUCAGCUGAGAGUUUAUUAGAGGAAGAGGAAGGAGUUAAAGGUGAAGGUUUUGGAUAUGAAGAUGAUGAUAAUUCUGUUACUCAGUCAGAUUCUAGUAAUCGUGAUGGAGUUAAACCUACUGAGCCCGUUCAAAAUGCCGCCGUUCAAAUAUUACGACGGAGAAACACCUAUGAAGCACCUUUAUCACCCAGUGCAUAUCGAGGUCUAUUGGGUCAAAGAGCUCCACAUCUUGAUCAUACUAUACCUCCUUCACCUCCAGGGGAGCAGGAGCAUCAUUUUCAUGGGAACAAGAGUGGAUAUAAUCAUGAAUCGACUAUUGUUAAAGAGGCCAAACGAAAGAUACACAAUUUAAAACGACGAUUGAAACAAUUUGAACGCGAUUUUGAAAAGGAAAACGGUUAUCGGCCUUCACACGAACAAAAAAUGAAAUCGGACGUUGCCCAACCUUUACUAUUCGAGUUGAACAAAUUUCGAAAAAUGCUACGAGAAUACAAAGAAGAUGCUAGAGUUACUAUUGAAUUUUAUGAAGGUGUUUUCAACGAGAUGCAACGAAGUCUAAAAGAACGUCGAUAUUGUGUCGGAAGACCUGAGACAAUCGCGGAAAUGUCAAUAGAUCAAAUAUUCGAUGAGAAAUUAGAUUCAAAAUCUCUUCUAAAAUAUGAAAGUGUUUUCGGUCGUCCCUGCCGUCGAGAAGAUCGAACUGUAAUGAAACCUUUAUAUGAUCGUUAUCGAACCAUUCGUAAUCUAGUGUCCAAAAUACCGAAAAAUAAAGAUCUUACCGAUCUACAGCCGAUACUUGAACACGUGGCAAUGAAUUUUACUUCACCAUCACAUUCACCUAAAGGUUCAUUAGAUGCCAAAGAUGAGGAUGCUGACGAAGACAAAGGUAGAGGAAGAGGAAGUGUCUCUAAUUGUGGGGAUGAUGAUGAUUAUGAUGAUGACACCAGUAGCAUAAACAGUAAUAGAGUUAAAAAGUUACUACUCAUGGACAAGGAAGGAGGAAAUGAUCGUGAAAAUGACAGCAAUAACGCCAAUCAUAAUGAUGCGAGUAAUCAAAAUGUUGACGAUAAUAAUAAUGAAACUAAAUUGGAUCUCAGUGAUAAUAAUAAUAACAAUAAUUAUAACAAUAAUAAUCUGCAAACUCAAUCAACACCACCCAAGCUUGAGGCUAUUUCACGGAUUAAAUUGAAAGAAUCAAACACAAGGCAUUUUAUUAAAGGAAUCAAUGAAACAACAGCAAUUAAUCAACAAUCAUCAUCUUCUUAUAACAAGAAUCUAUGUCAUAAUCUUCAUGAGCUUCCACCCAGUGAACUAAUUAAAGAAUUGGCCUUGGUCCGUCGAGAGAAAAGUGAACUAAGAGAGAUAAUUCGUUCGUUCGAAGAUGAUUUUAUUCGUACCAAUGGUCGGAAAGUUAACGAAUUUGAAAAAUCACAAUUGGAAUCAGUUUACACCAAUUACAAGGCUUGUAAAAAGAAACUACGAUUACUCGAAGUUUUCAUUGAGAAAUAUGAAAAAAGGAGAAUGGAGUCUUAAUUGUUAUCAUCAUCUUCGCAAUCAUCGUAUACUUUUUUUCCAUCAUCAAUUAAUCAAUCCAACACACGACUAAUUAAUAUACAUAAACACACACACUCACACACACAAAGAAUUACUUAAUGUUGAUUAUAAUUAACUUUUCUUUAAUCAUUUUUUGUUUUGCCUCUAAUUAGAUUUAGCUUAUUAUCAACACGUUUGGA